UUGGGCUGGAAAGGUUGCUCACUGGUGAGCUCUGCUAUGAAUAGAAGCAAUGAAUAAAUUACUGCAGCUGACAAAUUAGAGCUGUAGAGCUUCUCCAGCAAGAGGGAAGGGUUCACAGAGAAAGCAGUGCAGUGAAAAUCCAUUCCCCAACCCUGUACCCAGGAGAAAAAGAGCCAGCCUGCACAGGCUGCCUCUGGAACACAUCCCCAUGCAGAAGAUUCCGGUCUUGCUCUUCUAGGAGCUACUACCACACUCUGCAAGAACAGGACCAGGCUUUGCCAGAUGGGGAUGGGAUUUUCUUGAAUCAUAAUGGCUAAAUGGCCUUCUGAGUUUUAUUGCUUGGAGAACUCAGCCAGGAAUGGAUCAUCAAGUAGCAUGUAAACCCUCCGAAAAGUGCAAAGACAAUAUCCACCUUCUGAAGCAGCAGUCUAAGGGCUAACGGCUUUUGAACUGUCUUCCUUCCUCACUUUGCCAACCACACCAGGAAGAAGGGAUGGCUAAGCUCAUAGCAACAAUUAAUACCACCAGUGGAGCCUAUGGGAGCCCAGAAUCCUGGAACCCAGAGCACACUGAGAAUGCCUCCUUGCCUAACUUUACACUGACUUUCACGUUUCACCAACGGGCCACUGACCAAGCGCUGAAUGGAAUCCUCAUUGCUGUCCUCUGCAUUGUCAUGGUGUCACUGGGGUGCACCAUGCAGCUCUCCAAGAUCAAGACUCACUUCUGGAAACCUAAAGGGGUGGCCGUUGCUGUUAUGGCUCAGUAUGGCAUAAUGCCUCUGACAGCGUUUGCCCUGGGAAAGCUCUUCCAUUUGGGACCUAUUGAGUCUCUGGCUGUGCUCAUCUGUGGCUGCUGUCCGGGUGGAAACCUCUCAAACAUUUUUAGUCUGGCAUCAAAAGGAGAUAUGAACCUGAGCAUUGUGAUGACCACAUGCUCAACGCUCCUGGCACUUGGGCUGAUGCCUCUUCUACUGUAUCUUUACUCAAGAGGGAUGUACCAGGGCAACCUAGAGGGCAAAGUACCUUACAAGGGAAUAGUCAUCUCCUUGGCCAUGAUGCUCAUUCCCUGCACCAUUGGCAUCUUCCUGAAUGAGAAGAAGCCACAGUAUGCUCGCCUCAUCAUCAAGGCAGGGAUGAUUGUGUUGCUUGUAUCAUCUGUUCCAAUAAUCGCUCUGUUUGUGACAAGUGUUGGAAACAGUUUUUUGAUCAUCUUCUCGCCACCCCUACUGGGAAUGUCUGCCUUGAUGCCUUUUAUUGGUUUCCUGCUUGGCUACAUGCUAUCUUCAUUUUUCAAGCUCAAUGACAGGUGCAGGCGGACAGUCUGCAUGGAGACUGGUUGCCAGAAUGUGCAGCUCUGCUCUACCAUCCUCAGAAUGGCCUUUGCCCCUGAUGUCAUUGGACCUCUUUUCUUCUUCCCGUACCUAUACAUGGUAUUCCAGCUUGGAGAGGGCUUUCUCCUGAUACUGGCCUUCAGGGUUCAUGAAAAGCUAAAGAAACCAAACGAUACAGCAAAAGUGAUCUACACAGCUGUGGAUGAUAUUGCACAAGAAACAGAACCACCAGCAAAAUAGGUGGAUACUACAGAAGCACCACAACUCAGAUACACCCACCAGUGCUCCAGGUUAUAGCUUCUGCACCAUUUGCUGAACGCCACCAGUUUUGCAUAAAAUGUGCACCAAUGUUGCUUUUAAAACAAAGGUGUGAGCAGAUCCUCUUACAGGCCCACUGCCCCCUCUCCUCCAUUGGAUGUUCUCCAGAAAGGGCACCAAGUGCCA